CGGCGGCGUGGACGGCCACUUCCUCGGCGCCGGGCGGGCCGGACCGCGCAGGGCCAUGGCCGAGGCGGCCGCGGCUCCGAUUUCUCCCUGGACCAUGGCGGCCACCAUCCAGGCCAUGGAGCGCAAGAUCGAGUCACAGGCGGCCCGCUUGCUGUCCCUGGAGGGCCGCACCGGGAUGGCCGAGAAGAAGCUGGCCGACUGCGAGAAGACGGCGGCCGAGUUCGGCCAGCAGCUGGAGGGCAAGUGGGCCGUGCUGGGCACGUUGCUGCAGGAGUACGGGCUGCUGCAGCGGCGCCUGGAGAACAUGGAGAACCUGCUGAGGAACAGAAACUUCUGGAUCCUGCGGCUGCCGCCCGGCAGCAAGGGCGAGACCCCCAAGGUGCCCGUGACCUUUGAUGACGUGGCCGUGUAUUUCUCCGAGCAGGAGUGGGGCAAGCUGGACGCUUGGCAGAAGGAGCUGUACAAGCACGUGAUGCGAGGCAACUACGAGACGCUGGUGUCGCUGGACUACGCCAUCUCCAAGCCCGAGGUGCUCUCCCAGAUCGAGCAAGGCAAGGAGCCGUGUAGCUGGCGCCGCGGGGCCCCCAAGGUCCCAGACGUGCCCGUGGACCCGAGUCCAGGCGCCGGGCCCCCCGUGCCCGCCCCCGACCUCCUCAUGCAGAUCAAGCAGGAGGGUGAGCUGCAGCUGCAGGAGCAGCAGGGCCUGGGCGUCGAGGCCUGGGCCAGCGGGCAGCCCGACAUCGGGGAGGAGCCCUGGGGCCUCGGCCAGCUCGACGCGGGAGCCGCCGACGUGUCCACGGACGCCGCCUCCGGUGUCCACUCCAGCUUCCCCACCACCAUCCCGCCCACGUCGUGGCAUGCGGAUCUCCCCCCGCACCACCCCUCCUCGGCCUGCUCCGACGGCGCCCUGAAGCUCAGCACCGCGGCCGCCUCCACGGAAGAUGUGAAGAUCGUGAUCAAAACGGAAGUCCAGGAGGAGGAGGUGGUGGCCGCCCCCGUGCAUCCUACUGACCUCGAGGCCCACGGCUCGCUCUUCGGACCGGGCCAGGCCACCCGCUUCUUCCCCAGCCCCGUGCAGGAGGGCGCCUGGGAGAGCCAGGCCGGCUCCUUCCCCGGCCCGGACCCCGUGCUGGGCCUCCGGGAGCCCGCCCGGCCCGAGAGAGACCUGGGGGAGCUGAGCCCCGCCGUGGCCCAGGAGGACGCGCCCCCUGGGGACUGGCUCUUCGGCGGGGUCCGCUGGGGCUGGAAUUUCCGCUGCAAGCCCCCCGUGGGCCUGAAUCCCCGCCCGGGCCCCGAGGGGCUGCCCUACCCGUCGGCGGACGGCGGGGAGGCGGUGCUGGACCCCACGGGCCAGGCGGCCCGGCCCUUCGCCGCCGACCCCUGCAAGUACCCGGGCCGGACCAAGGGCUUCGGCCACAAGCCGGGCCUCAAGAAGCACCCGGCGGCGCCGCCCGGGGCCCGGCCCUUCGCCUGCAGCACGUGCGGGAAGAGCUUCCAGCUGCAGGUCAGCCUGAGCGCGCACCAGCGCAGCUGCGGGCCGGGCGCGCCGGGGGCGGGGGGGCGCGGCGGCGGGGGGCGCGGCGGCCGACGGGGCGGCGGCGGGCGCGCGGGGGGCGGCGGCGGCGGCGCGCGGGACGGCAGCGGGCUGCGCUGCGGCGAGUGCGGGCGCUGCUUCACGCGCCCGGCGCACCUGAUCCGGCACCGCAUGCUGCACACGGGCGAGCGGCCCUUCCCCUGCACCGAGUGCGAGAAGCGCUUCACCGAGCGCUCCAAGCUCAUCGACCACUACCGGACGCACACGGGCGUGCGGCCCUUCGCCUGCACCGUCUGCGGCAAGAGCUUCAUCCGCAAGGACCACCUGCGCAAGCACCAGCGCAACCACGCGGCCGGCGCCAAGGGGCCCCCCGCGCCCGCGCCCGCGCCCGGCCCCGCCGCCGCCGCCGCCGCGCGCCCGCCGCCCGCGCCCCUGCCGCCCGCGCCCCCCGACCCCUUCAAGGGCCCGCCCGCCAAGGCGCCGCUGGCCGCCACGGACCUGGUCACCGACUGGACUUGCGGCCUGGGCGUCCUGGGGCCCGCGGGGGACGCCGGGGACCUGUGA